GACUAAACUUGCUUCAUCUAUAAAUCUUGCACCUUUGGAGAAAGAAAGAAAAAAAGGCCCUUCUUGUGGUUCUUAUGAUCCACAAAGGCUUUUUCAAAUAUCUGCAAACUAACCCCUUGUCCAUUAAGUGCGGUUUCUGAAGCUAGAAUCAAUUAUAGUGAGAAGUUUAUGCAAGUAGUCAUUAGUUGAUUCUGAUGAAAUAGAAACUGAUUCAAACAUGGUAUAAAUAUUGUCAUUUAGCAAGUAAGGAAGACACAUGGAAAUGAUGUGAUUGGAUGAUGAUGAUAAUUCAUGGAUCAAAUACUCACAAGUCUUUCAAGAUUGACAAGUUAUAUUAGUAAUAGAUUUAUACAAUUUAUAGAGGAACUAGUACUUAGAGAUGCAAUUAGGUGGACAGAGAGUUUGACGGGCACUCCGGUGUUCAUCUCGGUAGAACUCAGUUCCGAAGGUUACACCGGAAACACAUCCUGGCAGCCUCCUCAAGUUGGAAGUGAAAACCAUGGCUGUGAAAGAAGAGACUUUAACAAGAGUAAUGAACUGUAUGUAGAUACAAGAUCUAUAAUCCCAAAUGCAAGUUAUAUCUCAGAAGUUGUUCCUUCAUUUUUAUUAAAAAGUUUGACACUCCCAUUACUUGGUGUACAAUAUGCUUGGAGUUUGGGAAUGGCCCCAUGGAGAUAUUAUUUCUCAUGCAUUAGAUGUGCUUAUGUUCACAUUCAUAGAACUGCAACUCGUCUGUUGAAAACCUUGCGCGGUUCUUCUGAUGAUAUCGGGUGGUUGCAGCGUGAUCCUGAAAUGCCUCCUGUACAGGAUGAAACUUCAAGAUUCUUGGAAUUGCUGUCAGACAUAAGGAAUGGAAAGCACUCACUACCUGAUUCAUUUGUAUAUCUGCUGGUUCCAGGUCUCUUUAGCAAUCAUGGACCCUUGUAUUUUGUUGACACAAAGAAGUUCUUUUCAAAGAUGGGUCUAGCCUGUCAUAUUGCAAAAGUUCAUAGUGAGGCAUCAGUAGAACACAAUGCCUCAGAACUCAAGCUAUAUAUUGAGGAGAUAUACUGGGGAUCUGGCAAACCUGUCAUGCUACUGGGACACAGUAAAGGUGGGAUUGAUGCUGCAGCUGCAUUGUCUCUUUAUUGGUCGGACCUGAAGGACAAAGUUGCUGGUUUGGCACUGGUUCAGAGUCCAUACGGCGGCACCCCCAUCGCUUCCGAUAUUCUCCGUGAAGGCCAGAUCGGUGACAAAGAAACCCGCAGGAUCUUGGAACUUUUAAUAUGCAAAAUAAUCAAGGGUGACAUGCAGGCAUUGGAGGAUCUCACAUAUGAGAAGAGGAAAGAGUUCAUCAUGAAGCACAAGCUCCCCUUGGAUAUUCCUCUACUCUCCUUCCAUUCUGAAGCGAGCAUUGCCCCUGCAGUUUUCGCAACAAUGACUCAGAUAGCUCAUGCCGAAGUCCCACCACUCCUACCAAAAUUCAGGACCACAGAGCCCGACUCGUUAGUUGAAUCGCUACGAGUUCCGGUAUUGGUGCCUAUAUCUGCUGCUAUGGCUGUCUGUGCUCUCCACCUGCAGCUGAGAUAUGGAGAAAAAAGCGAUGGCCUAGUGACAUGCCGCGACGCUGAAGUUCCGGGAUCAGUUGUUGUGAGGCCCAAAAUGAAGCUUGAUCAUACCUGGAUGGUGUACUCUUCAAAGAAGAAGAAUCCUGAUGAACCUGAUGCUCGUGAAAUGUGUGAAGCUCUAUUGACUUUACUUGUAGAGCUUGGUAAAAAUACCAAAAGGGAAGUGCAUCAAGUUUCAUAGUGAGAUCUAAUUCAAUGCCUCUUAAACCCAUGUUAUCUAAAAUUUUGUUCAGCUUAAUUGUAAACAUUUUUAAUACUACACAUUCAUUUUGUCUGGAAA